AUGAAGCUCAGCCUGACUCUCUUCCUGGCCAUCGCUCUGACCAUGUCUCCAUUUGUGGGACAUGGCCCUGGCUGUGCCAGUGGUUUCAGCUGGGUCUGGAAUUGGGACCAAAAGCUGGAUGUUCCUGAGGAGCAGCAUCCAGUGAAGUCCAAGAGCCAGACCUCCAACCAGCCCUGCUGGUUUGGUCUAACCUCCUGCCCCAUCAGGAUCGAGGACAGGAAGACAAACCGGAUCCUUUCUGAGGAGCAGCAUCCAGUGGAGACCAAGGACCUGACCUCGUCCUGGCUCUGCUGGCUUGGCCUAACCUCCUGUCCCAUCAGGAUCGAGGACAGGAAGAACAACUGGGUCCUUCCUGAGGAGCAGCAUCCAGUGGAGACCAAGGACCUGACCUUGUCCUUGCUCUGCUGGCUUGGCCUAACCUCCUGCCCCAUCAGAGUUGAGAAUGGGAAGAACAACCAGGUCUUUCCCAAGGAGCAGCAUGCAGUGGAGACCAAGAUCCUGACCUCCUACUGGCCGUGCUGGCUUGGCCCUUCCCAGUGCCCCAAAUGGUUCAGGUACAGGGACAGCAAGAUUGCCUUUCCAGAGGGCCCAAAGCAGCAGUCCCUGGGCACCAAGCAGAAGGCCUACAGCUUGCCUGGCUUCCUGGGCCACCUUUGGGACUACCUUGUGCUAGAAGGGAGAACCUGGCUCCUAGAUUCCUUGAUCACCAUUUGCAUUCUCUGCCUGCUGGGAAUUGCCCGCAGCCUCUGGAGAAGAUUAAAAAGACCUUGGGGACAGGGAAUGGGAAAAGCAGCCUCGGCUUCCAUGCAAACUGAGUGCCAGGAAAAGGAUGACAAAAUUCUUUCCAACCUGCUCAGCCUGACUGAGGAUCAAAUAAGAUUUGAGGUCAAUGACCUGCCGACCCUCUGCCUGCUACCAAAGGCUCUUCCAAUUCCAAACGAAGGCUGGAUUAAACAUCUCUUGGGACAAAAUUCUCAGACAUCCCAGAAGAAUGAGCUGCUUUGCUGCCCACGCCUGGCCUCCAAAUCAGAGACAAGGAGGAUCGGCUUAAUUAACUUGGGAAACACUUGUUACAUGAACAGCGUCAUCCAGUCUCUUUUCAUGGCUUCGGACUUUCGGCAUUCGGUGUUGAAUUUAACUGAGGGCAUCUCCCAGCCCCUGAUGACAAAACUGCAGUGGCUCUUUGCACUUCUGCAGCACAGCGAGCGACCUGCCAUCUCACCCGAGAGGUUCUUCUCUGCCUCCCAGGCACCCUGGUUCACCCCUGGUGCUCAGCAGGACUGCUCGGAGUAUCUCAAGUACCUCCUGGAUCGAUUGCAUGAAGAAGAAAAAACUGGAAAGAGGAUCUACCAGAAACUCAAGGAAUCCGGCUUGACGUCUCAAGCCACGGAGCAUCAUUCCUUAAACAAGACGUUGAUUGAGAAGAUGUUUGGGGGGAAAAUGACGACAAAGAUUCGUUGCUUGAAGUGUUUGAACAUCUCCUCUAGAGAAGAAGCCUUCACAGACCUGUCGUUGGCCUUUCCCCCUCCAGAUAGGCCCAUACAUGGACCAGGAAGCACCUCUGUUUCGCCCGUGGCAGAAGUCUGCCGACAGUUUAUUGAGCCUCACAAAUACCCAAGCCAGCCAACAGGGUCUAAGGAGUCCCGAUCCGUCUCGGAUUUACUCAACUAUUUUCUGUCCCCAGAGAGGCUGACAGCAGAGAAUCAAUACCACUGCGAGCAGUGUGCUUCCUUGCAGGAUGCUGAGAAGGUGGCAGAGCUGACAGAGGGCCCGCACUACCUCAUCCUCACACUGCUGCGGUUCUCCUUCGAUCUGCAGACCAUGAAGAGGACUAAGAUCCUGGAGAACAUCUCCAUCCCUGCAGUGCUCGAGCUGCCCAUCCUUGUCAGCUCAGAGGAAACUGAGGAUGUUUGCCAGCAUGGGGAGGUCAGGGCUGACCGGGGCAGCACCUUUGUGCCUGCUGUGUACGAUCUGUGCAGCGUGGUGGUGCAUUCGGGCAUCUCCUCCGAGAGCGGCCACUACUACUGCUACUCCAGAGAGUGCACUGACACCGUGCCCCACGCACCGCCCCGCGACGGGACACCAAAACCGGCUUCUGGCAAGCAGUUGGACUUUGAAAACCCGUGGUACCUCUUCAACGACACCAGGGUUUCCCUCGCCUCCUUUGAAUCUGUCAGCAACCUGGCUUCUUUAUACUCCAAGGACACUGCCUACAUGCUCUUCUACAGGCAGCGGGGGGGCAGGCCAAUCCCACUGCAUGAGGCUGUGGCAGAAGCCAGCCAGCUGCACAGCGAACUGUCCCUCAAUAAGGACUUGAUGGAAGCCAUCUCCAAAGACAACAUUCUCUACUUGCAGGACCAGGAAAAAAGAGGCGAGGAACAGAGCUGCCUACAUUCCCUCCUUGCCAAAAUGCCCCACGCCUCAGUCCACCAAGGGUGUGUGAGCAGAAAACUCCUUGAUGACAACAAUGUCUUUUCCUGA